AUGGAUAUUGAUGCAUAUUUAAGUGCACCAUCAGGUGUCCACAAAGGAAAGAUUAAGUUAAGGCUCAUUGUAGAGUCAAAUGGCAACCAAUACGAGAAGUGUCUCGAAGGCACACCCGAAACACUAAAGUCAUUCAUCACAAAGAUUAAUACAAAAGCAAAGAAGGAAGAAGAAACACUGAGGAAAGCAUUGGCAUUGGGUAUGGCUCAGGCCUCAAUGAAGAGUUUGUCUAAUCUCAGCUUGGGCAAUUUAAGAACCAAGGACUCUAAGGAGUCCAAGGAGUCAUCAAAGGACUCCAAAGAGUCAAAGGAGUCGACAAAGGAGUCUAAGGAAUCAUCAAAGGCGUCAAAGGACUCUAAAGAGUCAGCAAAGGAGUCCAAGGACGCCAAGGAGUCGUCAAAGGAGUCAUCAAAGGCGUCAAAGGAGUCCUCUGCCAAAGAGCAAGUGCCAGCAGCAGAGCUCAAGCCAGUACCAAUAUCGAGUUUUGGAAAGUUGGCAUCGCCAACAUUGUCAAAGAAGGACGCGGCAUCCACUUCCACACCAUCAUUCUCAACAUCCAAGUCAAAGGAAUCAUCGUCAUCACCAUCGAUCGUAUCGCCAUCAUCAAAGUCCAAGGACUCACCGUCGACCUCAUCACCAGCAACAUCAUCACCCACACAUAUAGGCCUUGGCAAGGAUGCCAUUGGCAACAAGGAUGCAGCGCCAGCGCCCGCACCCAACGUCGUGCCCCACGACCCCAAGUUCUUUGGCGUGGCGCUCGACACAUUGAUGGAUCGCCAAAAGUCCGACCCAUCAUCACGCAUCCCAGUGUUCAUAAGAAACGCGCUGAAACACCUGUUUGUCAAUGGCUUGGCCAUUGAGGGACUGUUCCGUAUAUCGGCAUCACAGGCGGAUGUUGUGUCGCGCAAGGCCGCCGUUGACAAGGGUGACAUUCAAAUGGCCAAGGAUGAGAACCAUCACGUCAUCACAAGUUUGGUAAAGAUCUUCCUGAGGGAGCUGCCCGAGCCCAUCUGCACCAACGCACUCUACGACACAUUCUUGGCCGCUUCGGAUCAGGUCGUCAAUGGCUCGCUGGACACGCUGAAGAAGGUGCUAGUCAAGCUGCCAGAGAACAACAAGACACUGUUGCAGCAUCUCGUACACUUCCUGACGAUGGUGUCAUCCAACGCGCAUGUUAAUCUCAUGAACCACUCCAACCUGGGCAGGAUCUUUGGACCAAACCUCUUCUGGCGCAAGGAGACGUCAAACGUCGAUAUGUAUCAGCUGCAGGCCACCAGCGACAAGGUCAACAACCUGGCCGAGGCACUCAUCGUCAACUACAAGGAGUUGUUCGAGGAGCCACUGCCAUCGAUCAACGGCAGGCUCACACUCCAGACCAAGAUGCUUGGACACAAGAAGUCGGUGCAAUGGCUGGCCUUGGUCGACCAGGACAAGCGUGUGUGCAGUCUAGACACUCUGGGACUGCUCAAGGUAUGGGACUCACAGAGCAACCAACUACUCCACGAGUUCUCGAUAUGUGAGCAGGGUGCCAUUGUUUACUCAAUGGUUGGCGCAUCGAACGAUACCAUCUGGACGGCCACAUCACAGUCGACCAGCAUCUGGAGUCUUGACGGCAAAUUGAUUGGCGAGAUACCAGGCGAGACCUUCUCAAUCUGCGAGUCGCAACUGGGCGAGAUGUGGGUGGCUGGCAACCAGGUCAUCUCAAUCUAUCGUCUGGCCGACGUGCCCACCACCGCCGACACAGCACCCAUCAGACCAAUCAGCACGGAUAUCUUCAACCAGAACAUGUUCAUCCUGGCGCUAUGCAGGGUGGGCAAGACCAGGAUGUGGGGCUGCUCCUCCAACAAGUUGCUCUACGUCUGGGAUGUCAACACCAAGGAGAUCCUUCACAAGACCGAGCUGUCUGAGCGCAGGCCCAAGCGUAUCGCCUACGUCGAGACCGAUGACUACGAGGCCGUUUGGGUCGGUGGAGACGAGGGCACCAUUCAGAUCAUCAAUGCCAAUACUUAUGAGCUAAUGCACAGAGUAGAGAACAAUGGAUGGGACAAGUUGUUUGUGUUGGCUACGAUUGGACGCGAGGUUUGGUCAUCGACAUGGGACAUUUGUGUGCGUCUUUGGGAGCCCAAGUCGAGAGAAGUGACGACAGAGAUCAAGGGCAAUCAUGCCGAUGCCGUGUCGGCUAUUUUAGAAGUGCCCAACCUCAAGGGUGGCGACUCAUUCAUCUGGUUCGGUUCGAAUGACAAGUCCAUCUCAACAUAUCAAAGCUGCAGCGCGGCCAGCAGCAAGUGGUCCACAGCCGGCGCAAAGCGAACCAGCACCAAAGGCAGCAAGAUUGGAUUCACCUACAGAGGAUAG